AUUUAGAAAAAUUAAAAAGUUAUGAAUAACAACAAAAAAGAAGUGAGCACAUUCAAUCUACUUGAUUUUGCUGUUUCAAAAGAGAAGAGGGUUUAUGAUUGUCUAUUGGAAACAGCAAUAGAACGAAGGAAUGCAAGUUUAGCUUUAAUGCAAUGGGCGAAAGUGGAUAGCAACACAGCUUUAAAAGACACUAUAUCUAGUCUUUAUGAAAUUAAUAAAAUGUGGUCAGUUGUCCAGAUAGAGCUCGCUAAUGAGACAAAACAGUUUCAAUUUGAUCUGAAAAAUAUUCUUAAAGGCGAAGCUGAACUAGAAGCAAUACAAAAUCAAAUCAAAGAUCAUACAGAAAAAAAGAAGUUUAUAAUUGAAUCUGAAGAUUUCAAGAAAUUCGACAAGAGUACUGAAAACUAUCUUAAAAAGCUUGAAGAAAAUAUUGUGGAAGGAACUUCUGCUUUAAAAUCAAAAAAAUUUCAAGCUGAGAUUUAUAAGAAUACUGUCUUAAGAAACUCACUUCUAUCUGUAAUGAAUUCACAUUUGAAGUUGGCUCGCAAAUCAGAAUCUAUCUUUCAAAGUGCAAUUGACAUCGUUAAAAAGUUAUCAGAUUUCCCUAUCCAUUUUAUAGAUUCAGAAAAUAUAAUUGAAUCACAACAAACAGGAAUUUGUACAAAUGCUGAAAAAAUCAAGAAUCUAAUGAAUGAAAUAAAUGUUGCUAUACCAAAUCAGAUGCUGAAAUUAAAAAAAGUCCCAUUUUUUAAUUCUGAAAAUGGCGUUCCUGUAUAUUUUGUGCCAAAUCAUUAGAGAAAAAAAAAUUCUUUAACCCUACCACCUUUUCCAACUAGAUCUUUAACUAAAAAAAAUUCUAGCGGUUACAUUAAACCAAUCAAGCCACGUUCAACUUCUGCUCCAGAAAUUAAACCGUAUGUUCCAGUACGGGCUGAUAAUGUUGUUACAGAAAUGGAACAGAAACACUGCCAAUCCUUCGAUAGUGAAUACGACUACUAUCUACCUUUAAAUGAUGACGAUGAUGAUGAUGAUUAUGAUGAAAAUCGAUCAGAUCAUUUGUCUAGUGAAUCUAUUGAAGGUAGUUCCUAUUACUCUUCAAUUAAAGAAAUUGAAUCCGAAAAUGUCGCUGAUCCUUUAAAAACAAGUUCAAUAGAAGAAUCAAAAAAUCUCAAUUACGAACUUUUCUCUGUUGACAAGGAUGAGUCUCACGAUAAACUUCAACCAUCUUCUGACAUUGAAAAUUCAAAACAUUCGAUUAGGUGUGCGUCAAGUCCUUCACCAAAAUGUUUACUUAAUCUUUCACCAAAACUUUUGCCAAAGCAUUCACCAGAUAUUUCACUAAAGUGUUUUUCCAAUGCUGAAACCUAAACCAAUAAAAAGAAACAUUGACACGAAAAAGAAUAUUCUUAAGGAUAAUUAAAAAAAUAAAAUGAAAACUCUCUGUCCAUUUAAAAUAACGACUAAAGAGAAGAAUGAAUCCUACGCUGAAAGUGAUUUAAAACCAAUGAAGUUCUUUACACUGUUUCACGACUUCCUACACUGUUAAAUAUAUUUUUAUAGUAACUAAAAGCUAUACAUUUUUUAUUAUCCAUAUUGUUUGCUGUACUAUAUUAUAUCGCUAAAAUCUUUUACACGGGUAGCUGUAUUGAAUUAUAUUUUUAUAUAUUUCUAGAUAAAUAACUAUAUUUGACUA